UAACAUGCCGUAUAUAGUCGCACUUAUGUAUUUACGGUACAGGACGUGUGUUUGCAUGUGUGUAUAGCAGUACACAUGGUAACCUCUGCUAACGGCCGCUUAGAUGCACUGUUUAGACGAGGUCGCUUACGGAGAGUUUAGAUAGCCGACAAUGGCUUUUUGCACCUCUGAAUAUUUCGAGACUGUCGCUUCUAUUCAGAAGAGCAUGCACGAAAGGGAAAAAAGAAGGCAUGAGUUGGAAGAAGAGUUAUUCACCUACGCAAGAUCAGAAGAAAGACUGGCCAGGAUAAAAUGCACCAAGAUGCGGCACUAUCAUAAGGAGCUGUGUAAGAGAGAGCAGCAAGCAAAGGCUCGUAACCUUGAGCUUAGAAGAAGUGCUGAGAGCCUGGUAUUGAAAGCGAAGGAAUUCUCUAUAGACAAAACUGUACUGCAUCACUUGAAGCAGGAAUGUAAAAACCGCAUUGCAAGGCUUCCAGAGGAGGCAAAGAAGAGGGAACGUGAAAGAGGAAUCGAAGCACAAAAGCAGGAACAAAGCCGGUCACUUCCUCUCAGCACUGGGCGAACCUCGUCUCAACCUGCUAUCACCUUAAUGGGUUGGCAAGCCCUCAAAGACACUUUGGUGGAGGAUGGCAUCAUGAGCGCACAUUCACUGAUUGAGCCAAAAGCUAAUCACCCUUCAUCUUUCUUGCUACAAAGCAGCCCUUUGAUGAACCCCACCGUUUCAAAAGCCAGUGGCAACAAAUCUUUAUCUGAUGACAUUCUAAACUCCAGUGAUUUUCCUGAAAGGCAGCUGGUGUUUGAUUGUGAUGCGCUUGUGAGAGAAGUAAAGGUGUGUGGGUCAGAACAGCUGACUUCUCCUCAUGUGACCUUGAAGGCAUCUGGAGUGUGCUCUCAUCACAGAAGCAUGAGCAGGCCAGAGAGCAGUGUGUCCUUGCAGCACCAUCCUAGUCAGAGUGCUUCCCCGGAUAUCAUACACAUAACGGACUCCUCUGUGCGCAGGAACUCUGGAGAUCAUGCCGGACCCGAGUUGGCACAGCAUCAUCAUGUACCUAUUCCAGAUGAGAGCAAAAGCAGGAGCCCCAGUAUUGACAACUCUGAUGCAGAGGUCACCCCUGAAGUUUCACAUAACUCCAGCAGAAAUGUUUCAGUUUCACUUGGUGAUCGGCUCCAUGUUGCACUAAUUGACGAGAAAGAAAAGUCGCAGAUUGGAGUGGAGACCAGAGAACCUCUUUUCCCAAAGCCAGAACAUAGACUGGCCGUUGGAGAAUUCAUUUAUCUGCUGGACAACAUCGAGAAGCGACUCCCUGCCAGAGACACCGAGCUGUACAGUAACCCUGCUGUCAGCGAACAGAGACUCCAAGAAAUCAUUAGCCUGUGUAGUCAGCGAGCAGAGUUGAAAGGAGAGGAGCUGAGUGUAUAUGGUGCUGUGGUUCUGCAACAGCUGCCCUGGUUAUUAUGGAAUACGCCUCAUGGUUGCCUGCUACACAGUGACCUGGUCAGCAAACACUGGUCCACUACAGUAGAUCCAGCACACAUCAGGUCUUGUCUGGCUGGUGACAGUGUUGCUCUGUGGGAGCGCUGGUUUACACACGCCCUUCAGCUGCUGCAGCAUAGGAUUCUUUCCCUCAACAGCAUCGUGCAGCUCUUCACUCCACUCCUAGUGCACUACAAUGCCUCCUACGCAGACAAGGCCGAAGUGCUGCUGAAGAGGCUUUUGACCCAUGCGGCUGAGACUCAUCACUCAGUGGAGAGUGAGGACUCCUCAUCCUGCAGCUUACCCUCGCUUUUAAAUGACAGCGUGGAGAUCAAACCGGCCAGACCCUCCAAGAAAUCAUUCAGUUCCACUGGUACACGCGGAGAACAAAGUGAUGAAGAGGACAGUACCAACCAAAGCCCUGUGGAAAGUAUUCCUAUUAGAGAGACAAAAGCAUAUCAGCUGCUUAAACAAUCAGUCACACAAGAGAACCAGUGGCAGAAUGCACAGAAGGAGAAAGAGGACGAAGAUGGUUCUGACUUCGAGCCAUCAGGUUUAUCAGAUAGUGAAAAACCAGGGAGUAGCAAGAGGCUAAUUCAAGACAACAUGCGGAAUGAUGCAAAUAUAAAAACCCAGGCCUUCUCUGCAGUUCAGUCAAAAGCUUUUUGGGGCGAUUCAGAUGACACCAACUCGGAAAUAGAAAUGGCCUUGUGUCCUCGUUCCUGCAACGCUAAUAACAGUGACUUUGAUGACUUUUAUGAUUAAGGUUUUAUUUGUACCAAGAGGCCGUUUUGUUUUUCACCCGACGCUGCAGUAACCCUUUUCACUAAAUAAAGUUUGUUUCCGAGGAACAUGAAAACAAGGAACAAACAAGUGAGCAAAGAACGUGGAGAGCGUUCAAAACAGCCUGGUGUUAACCCUGCUUGAGUCUCUUUAACUGAACAACACUUGGGCUUGGUUAAAACAGAUUAAACUUGGUUUUUAAAGUGA